UACGGUCCAUAAGACCUCCAAAGACACUCAUCUAGCUAAAGACCAACUGGUUAGGGUUUUUUCGCGCUCUCUUUCGUCUGCAUCGUAAGCGAGUUUUAAUAGCGUUGCAGAUAGCCCUCGCAAUGACGACUGUCGUUCCUAUCUCCGAAGAAGAUCCGACGCUCUCCGUUGUCCGCUUCACCUCUGAGCUUGCUUGGGCCGACGCGGGUCCUGAGGUUGCAGAGCGACAAGUUUCUAGGCUUUGUGUCGAAGCACAAGAAUGCAUGGUGAUGGGCAGAUGGUUGGACUUGGCCUCUUUAAUGCUCACUUCAGCCGACUUGAUAUUUUCCAACUCAAAGGUGUCAGAGAAAGAUCUUGAGUGUAUCUUCACUGUUAUUUGUGAUCUCGUCUCCAAGUCUGGAAGUCCAGAUGAAGCACUUGAGAUGGCAAAACUUAUAUGCGGAAAAAUUAUUCUGCAGCCAACUGACAAGCCUGCAUUGCGAUUGAAGAUCUUAUUCAAUCUGUACAAUCUGCUGGAGGAUGCAUACAGCCGGUUCUAUGUUUACAUGAGGGCUCUAAAUUUGGCAGUGAGCGGAAAAGUCAUGGAGCAUAUCAUACCUUCUUUUAAAACGAUUGAUAGUUUCUUGAAAGAGUGGAAUCUUGAUGUGAAGGAUCAGAGAGAUCUUUUUCUUGGCAUUUCUAAUGUACUGAGAGAGAAUAAGAGCUCAGGAAAGGAUUCUUUCAAAUUCCUAACCAAGUAUUUAGCAACCUUCUCGGGUGAGGAUGCAUAUGCAAUGGCUGAAGCCAAGGAGGAAGCUGUGCGCACAAUUAUCGUAUUUGUCAAGGCACCUGACAUAUUUCAGUGUGACCUGCUAGGUAUGCCUGCUGUGGAGCAGUUGGAAAAGGAUGCUAAAUAUGCAUUGGUAUAUCAGCUUUUGAAUAUCUUUCUGACUCAGAGGCUGGAUGCUUAUUUGGAGUUUCAUGCUGCAAAUUCUGCUUUACUGAAAAGCUAUGGUCUUGUUCAUGAAGAUUGUAUAUCAAAGAUGAGAUUGAUGUCAUUGGUGGAUCUUGCCUCAGAUGGAUCUGGUCGAAUCCAAUAUAAUCUUAUCCAGGAUACACUUCGGAUUAACAAUGAUGAGGUAGAAUUAUGGGUGGUGAAGGCAAUAACCGCUAGGUUAAUCAAUUGUAAAAUGGACCAGAUGAAUCAAGUUGUACUAGUCAGUACCUGUAUUGAUCGUGUUUUUAGGCAGCAUCAUUGGCUGAAACUUAGAGCAAAACUUGCUACAUGGAGGGGAAAUAUUUCCAAUGUGAUAGACACCAUCCAAGCAAACAAGAUAACUGAAGAUGGAUCACUGGCAAUGCAAGGAUUGAUGAUUCGUUAAGUUUGUUCUCAUUCAUUAGUUCGAAGGAUUGUGGAGCAAGUGGGACGAUGAUCUGUGUUUGUGCCUUGUUACUUUUGGUUAUAAUUUUGUUUUAGUUAGGGCAAGUGUAUUGGAAAAUUUUGUUACAGGUGAUUGUUACGACAUUCUACCAUUAUGAAUGAUUUUACAAUGAGAUUUUAUGUAUCA